AUGAUUGUACGCACCGAUAGCUUGGAAGGAAUCGUCAAAGAGCAAAACGCAAAGAUCGAUAGGAGUAUUGCGGAAAUCAACAAAAAUAUGACUGAAAUGUUUGAUACAAUCCGUCUGAUUCAAGCCAAUCUAGCUUCGUCGAGUGCUGCGAAUCCGUUGGGAAGAACUUCGCCGAUGGAUGCAGCAACGAAUCCACCUCCCAAUCACGGUUCGAGUGGAGUUGGAACAACAAGACGCACAUCCGGCUAUUGGGAGGAUCUUGACUGA